AUGGCCGCUCGAGAGCGACGCGAGAAACUCCGCGCCGCGCAGCGCGAGAAGGCCGCGGCGCAGCUUGAGAAGGCUCCACUCCGACGCUUGGAGGAGACGACGGCGGGGGCCCAGGAAUCACGUGAGCUGCAGUCGUCCCAGAGGGUUGUUGAGGAAACAGCAGCCGAGCCGGUGGCAAGAGGCCCCGAGCCGGCUGGCAGCCGCGAGAGCGCUGCAGAAGAACUGCCUGCGCUCGAGGAGUCCGUGCAGCAGACCGGAGAUCGACCAGAACAGGAAGCAAAGACUGAGGUGCAGAAGGUAUCCUCGACUCCCAGCACCAAAGAACCGAAGGAGGCAAAGACUUCUCCGGCGGAAGCGCCAGGGCGGUUGGACGAGGAGUCACGAGUUGAAUCAGCCGACGUCGAACCCAGCGUGCCAGCUAAGCCUGUUGUGGAAGAGGCAGCGAUAGCCGAUGAUGCGUCUCUCAACCUCCAAGAGGAGGAUGCUACACAGCGCCGUGCGCGGCUGCGCUCCUCGCGCCGAUCUACGGUUUCGGUUCAGGCGCUUCCACGGCGUGGGAGCCGAGCUUCAGAGAAUGCGCGGGAAGAUGCCGAUGCGUCCCAGCGCCGACGUGAAGGCCUCCAAGAAGCGCUCGACUCGAGUCACCGAGCGUUGCAGAGGCUGACGAAGGAACUCUUCUUGGGUGUUCAAGUGGAUCACGUGACAGGGCGCAGCUUGCGGAUCAGCCCUUCCACUGCCCAACUUGAGGAUCUGCGAGCAGAGCAUCAUGACGCCUUCCAUCGGAGGCUUCUCAAAGUUGCCACAGCAUGCGCCUUUGACAACAUGGCUUUGAUUGCACAACAGCGGAGUGCGCAGCAGGCUAUGCGGAAGGCGCAGUGGCGUACCUGCGAGGACUUUCGGCAAGAAGCUCGUGCCAAGGAGAUUCUUCAAAGGCGAGGAAGACUAGCAGCGAACCAUGCCCAGGAUGUUUCUUCGAGGUGUGCCGAGGAAGCAGGGGACUUUGUUCACCAACUCCAGGUCCUCGAGGAGGAGGUGAGUCCGGAGAAGCGCGCUGAGCUUGAGUCGUGCCAGACCGCGCUUCGUGAGGAAUGUAAGAGCUUGGCAGAGAGUGUCACUGCCUUUCGACUCCUCGCCGAGAGUUUGGCUGUGCCUUCAGCCGAUGGCACGGAGAUGCCAUCGAGCCUUCUGACAGGCACCUGGGCGGAGCAGAAGCUGGGGCUCGGACGCCGCAACAGCCUGGCAGCCGACCGACGCGAGCGGUCUUUGGCCACGGCAGCACGGCGAGAGGGGCCCUGGCCCCCGCAGCUGCCGCUGGAAGAGCCUCUCGUGGAAAGGCUCCAAGCCGAGAAAGAGGCUUGGCGACAGGAGGCGGGCUCCGGUUUCGAAAGCUCCGAGGAGUCGCCAUCGGAGGAAGACGAGGAGUGGCCCGCCCGGGUGGCCGCGGCCAUGGCACUCCUUGACCAACAUCAGCCCAAGCCCGUGAAGGUGCGCAUGGCGGGUCUUCGCCAAUCCACGAUCGGUGACCAGGACACAUUCAAGCGUCUGGUGGCUGAAAAGUUCGCUGAGGCCAUCAACAUCGAUUCGGAGGAGAUCCGGGUGAAAAACAUCCGUGGAGGGACGCCUCGCGCCUGA